UAUCAGUUGACGGUACAGCUAGCUCCACUUGAGAGAGAGAAGCUUGUCUGCCGAUGACGACAGCUGACUUUACUUUUUGCUCGUCCUCGAUGAAGAAAAGCCAGUGACUAUCUGAGAGUCUCACAAACACGACAAGGAUGGGGAUCCAAUCUCUGCCGGCGGAGCUCUUGACCCACAUUGCCACGUUUCUCGACCCGGCCUCGCUCUGUCGCCUGGAGCAGACGAACAAGCAAUGGCACACGCUGGUGCGAGAGUCGGACAACACGUGCUGGUCGCGCCAUGCCAUUGAGCAGGGCGAGACGGUGGGCAAGAACACGGCCGGCGGAGACUUAGAACGGGCCAAGAGGGCGGCGGCAGAUGGGAGGACAUCGCUGCAAGACUACAUUGCCGUCGUCAGGGAUCGAUGCGUCGACGAGUGGUUCUGGUCCGAGGCGACGUCGUGGAAGGAUCUCUUCCGGCGGCAGAGAAUGCUUGCCAGCAACUGGAAGGCCAAGAGGCCGCUAGCACGGACAAGCAUCGUAGGGUAUACGCCUUUCAAGCCGUCGCCCCACUCAAGGAGGGUUGCCGACCCGCCUGCGUUUCGGCUAGGCUCGCAGCCGAUUGAGCUGCCCCGAGCGCUCCCUUCGCCGCUGGCAUGGAGGGCGCGGCUGGACACGGCGACCGAUGCCAACUUUGUCAUCAUGACCUUCUUUGAGGGCGGCCUCCGCGUCGUCGAUGCGAGCGUCAGCAACCGGGUCGAGGGCGUCAUGGGAGGCGACAUUCUCUGGGAGCUGCCGCGAUGGUCGGUGCGGCAGCACGCACACCUCGAGUACCAAAAGGGCGUCUGCUGCUGGGACUCGGAAUCGGGCAUCGAAGUGUGGAAGAGGUGGAAGCUCGUCCACGGCACCGCUGGCGAGCCUGAGCCGGCAAGCAAGCGAGGCACUCUAACCAAGGUGGCCACGCUGCCCGAGAUUGCCAACACGCGCGGCUUCAUGCUCAACGACGAUCUCCACCUCACCAUUGUCUCUUCGCAGGGGCUGUUCAGGACGUACGACCUGAGCGAGAAGGAGCCGAAGCUGCUCUACGAGCACACCAUUGCGCGAGGCGCAACGGGUCACAUUGAACACGACAGCAAGGUGGCCAUCUUUAGCAUGGGUCACGCCGGCUAUGCUAUCUACGACAAGGCAUCGGGCAACCAUCUCGGCAACGUUUGCUUUGGCGGCACAGCUGCUCCUCAGCCCGGAGCCGCUCAUGAAGAAGCCCUGCCGGCCGGCAGCUCAACGUUUCUCACCGACGUCCUCGAAAAGCAUGCGGCUACCAAUCUCUUCAAGGCCGAUGCUGAGAACCGUCUGCAGGCAAUGACUAGGGCCGCGGGGGCAAGAGAUCGCGACCUGACAAACUUCGUCAGGCUAAAGCUGCAGCCCGGCCCGCUCAGCUCGCGUCGUGUGCCAACGGCGCCCAUGGGUGGAGGUGCCGCAGCCGAAGCAGAUGCGCAGGACGGCCAGCUCAACGAUCUCUUUGACGAGUGGCGGCAGCGCACGGGCGAUCGUGUCCCCCAACGGCAGAACAUCUUUUGGCGGACGUCCGCGACGACGCUGGAGAGGGAUGAGUGGGGAGCGGCCAUGGUGCGCCAGCUGCCAGACGGGGCGACACUUCUCGUGGCUAGGAGCAAAGCGGGCAGAGUACUGAUUUGCAGCGACAUGCUGGGCCUGCUCCACUGCCUCUCCAACGAGACGGCCGAAGUCGUCGAAUGCAAGGUGCGCGAGUGUCUAGCCAUCAUCGAGACUGGCGGUGGCGGGUCCACCUCGGCCUUUUACAUGGGCGGCUGGCUCAGUGUCCACGGUGGCCGUGCCGCGUUCGAGUCGGACUCGACGGUCUUUAUCGCGCCGCUGCCCACGAGGCGCAACACGCUGCCAAAGGUCGAUAGCGGUGACGCCAAAUCUCCAGGAUCCAUCCUGGCUGUCGACAGCCGAUACAAGAAGCAGCUGGACCUGCCCGACUGGCGGACCCCGAUCCAGAUCUCCUUUCUGUCACUUCACGACGAUGCGCUCGUCACUACGUUCCUGCACCCGGCAAACGAAUUCACGCCUGCUAACAUUCCCCACGGCGGACUGGGCGGUCAAUUUGGGGCUGGGCUCUCUGUUCGUUCCUUUAUGAGCAGCUUCGAGAUGGGCACGUGGGAGACUGCACUUCUCAACAGCGUGAGGAUCAUCAGACUGACGCCCCUAGUCUAUGCGCACGAGGAGAAGGAGUGGCGUGAGAUUCAGCAGCGGCGCGAUGAUGAUGACGAGGAAGCCGUGGACAAGGCAGCUGCGGACAGUGGUCCUUCUCAUCAGGACGAAAGCGAGGAGUGAGAGACGGACGAAGAGGAGGAGGAGGAGGAGGAGG